UGCGCUCCAUAGUUGAUGUCCUGUUUCCCCGGCAGAUGGUGGCUGUGGCCGUGCACAGUGUCAUCGCCAGCAGUUUAAGAGGAUGAACUGAGCCGGGUCAGCAAUGUUCGGGAGGUCUAGAAGCUGGGUGAGCGGCUCUGGCCGGUCCGGAUCUAGUAUUCAUUCCCUGGACAGACUGAAAUAUAUGUACCAUGUUUUAACAAAGAACACCACUGUCACAGAUCAAAACCGCAAUUUAUUAGUGGAGACAAUUCGGUCCAUCACAGAGAUUCUUAUCUGGGGGGAUCAAAAUGACAGCUCUGUUUUUGACUUUUUUCUGGAGAAGAAUAUGUUUGUGUUCUUCCUAAACAUCUUGCGGCAGAAGUCUGGUCGCUAUGUUUGUGGGCAGCUUCUUCAGACACUGAAUAUGCUGUUUGAGAACAUAAAUCAUGAGACAUCUCUUUAUUACUUGCUGUCCAAUAAUCACGUGAAUUCCAUUAUUGUCCACAAAUUUGACUUCUCUGAUGAGGAAAUUAUGGGUUAUUAUAUUUGCUUCCUGAAAACCCUUUCUGUAAAGCUGAACAGUCACACUGUCCAUUUCUUCUACAAUGAGCACACCAAUGAUUUUGCAUUGUACACAGAGGCUAUCAAAUUCUUCAAUCAUCCAGAGCACAUGGUUAGGGUUGCAGUUCGUAACAUCACUUUGAAUAUUUAUAAAGAUCUGAGGAAAUCAACUCGAUGCCAAACACCCUCAAACCCUCUGGACUAUGAUUGUGGAACCUAA